UGCCGCAGCCUCCCGCCGCCCACCCCGCCCGGAGACGCUGUCGGAUCCCUCCGGAGGAGACGGAGAGAGCCCACGGGAUCUCUCUCCUCCUGCCCCCGGAUCCCCUGUGCGAGCGAGGCAGACAGACUGUUGGGUUUCCCCACUCCCCCCUUCGUGUUCCCCCCCCCCCCCUCCGUGAAAGACUUUGCUGGAUCCUCCUCCUCGGAUCCCCUCCCCGCGCUCGCUCCUUCCUGCGAGAGAGGCUGCUGGAUCCUCCUCCCGCCCGAGAGGCUGCUGGAUCGCUCCGCCGGGUCCCCGCCAGAGAGACGCAGAUCCUCCGCCCCGAGAGACUGACUGCGGCGGAUCCUCCGCCCCUCCGCGGACCUCCUGGAGCCAGAGACUCGGCGGGACCCUCCUGCCCGGAGCCCAUGUGAGACUCCGCAUACCCCCCUGGCUCCGUGGGAGAAAGAACAAGAAACACAAGAAGAGGAACAUUUGAUGGAAGAAAAGAAAAAGAAAAAGCAGGAAGAAAAGAAAAAGAAGGAAGGUGCUCAGAAAAAGGCUGCUGAACAAAAAACCAAAGUGCCAGAACCUAUUAAGACCAGUUUAAGCCAGCCCCAACCUGCCGGUACCGGUACCAGUACUUCCACCAGCACUAUUACCAACAGCAGCAAUGGCAAGCGUGCGUCUGCUAAUGGGCAGCAGCCGGCUGCAUCCCGUUACCUGCCUCGUGAGGUGCCUCCACGCUUCCGCCAGCAAGAACAGAAGCAGCUCCUAAAGCGGGGGCAGCCGCUGCCCACCGGCGCUCUGACCGGCACCAGCCCAGCCCAAGGCACUGGGCAAGCAGGGGCCAGUCCUCCUCCACAGCAAGGAGCAGGUGGACAGCAUCAUCCCAGUAAGACCCAAACAGAUCUCAGCCACAGUGGAUUGGGAGACCAUUAUGAGAAUUCCCACUGGGGACAGCAGCCCGCUUUCCGGAGUGAAGGCAACUGCAGCUGGGAUAAAGUGAUAAUAGACAGGACUGACAAGGAAGCGUGGCCUUCCAUUACCGGAGCUGAGACUGAGUCUGCCUCAGAAUGUACUACAGACACUGACUCUGCCUCCAACUGUGGCUCAGAGAACAGUAGCAUGGCUACAGGGAGUGCCCAAGGCAACUUCACUGGACAUACAAAGAAAACUAAUGGCAAUAAUGGCGCCAACGGAGCACUCGUCCAAAGCACUUCUAACCAGAGUGCCCUUGGAGCUGGCGGAGCAAACGGUAACGGCAACUCAGCCAGAGUGUGGGGUGUGGCUGCGGGCUCCAGCUCUGGCCUAGCUCACUGCUCUGCCAGUGGUGGGGAUGGAAAGAUGGACAACAUGAUGGGAGAUGGUAGAAGUCAGAACUGCUGGGGUGCUUCCAACUCAAAUGCUGGCAUUAAUCUUAACCUUAACCCUAAUGCCAAUCCAGCUGCCUGGCCUGUACUUGGACAUGAAGGAACUGUGGGAGCAGGCAACCCUUCCAGUAUUUGCAGUCCAGUCAGUGCCAUAGGUCAGAACAUGGGCAACCAGAAUGGGAACCCAACAGGCACCUUAGGUGCUUGGGGAAACUUGCUGCCGCAAGAGAGCACAGAACCACAAACGUCCACUUCUCAGAAUGUGUCUUUCAGCGUACAACCUCAGAACCUUAACACUGAUGGACCAAAUAACACUAACCCCAUGAACUCUUCACCAAACCCUAUCAAUGCAAUGCAGACAAACGGACUGCCGAACUGGGGGAUGGCUGUUGGUAUGGGGGCCAUCAUCCCGCCCCACCUGCAAGGCCUUCCUGGUGCUAACGGAACAUCAGUUUCUCAAGUCAGCGGGGGCAGUGGUGAAGGAAUGGGCAGUUCAGUGUGGGGGAUGUCCCCAGGUAAUCCUGCCACAGGAAACAGCAAUUCUGGGUUCAGUCAGGGGAAUGGAGACACUGUGAACUCAGCAUUAAGUGCUAAACAAAACGGAUCCAGCAGUGCUGUGCAAAAGGAAGGAAAUGGAGCGAGCGCGUGGGAUUCGGGGCCCCCUUCUGGUCCUGGGGUACUGGCGUGGGGCAGGGGUGGUGGCAGCAGCGGUGUUGGGAGUAGUAUGCAUUCUGGAGCCUGGGGCCACCCCAACCGCAGCACCAGCAAUGGUGUGAACGGGGAGUGGGGCAAGCCCUCCAGCCAGCAUUCCAAUAGCGACAUCAAUGGGAAAGGAUCGGCAGGGUGGGAUAGCUCCAGUGUUACCAGUCCAAACCCUGCCAUGCAGCAGGGCAAUGAACAAAUGAACUCUUGGGCCAAAGCUGCAGCAUCUGGCACCACGGCUAGCGAAGGAAGUAAUGACAGCGGUGGGAGUCAAAAUGAAGGCAGUACUGGGAGGGAGGGGGCUGGAGAGGGCAGGAGGAGAGACAAAGGGAUGAUAGACCAAGGGCAAGUUCAGUUGCCAAGAAAUGACCUUGACCCCAGGGUCCUGUCCAAUACGGGGUGGGGACAGACCCCUGUAAAGCAAAACACUGCCUGGGAAUUUGAAGAGUCCCCGAGGUCUGAACGAAAGAAUGACAAUGGAACAGAGGCCUGGGGUUGUGCAGCUACUCAAUCUUCAAACUCAGGGGGGAAGAACGAUGGGUCCAUCAUGAACAGUACAAAUACCUCUUCAGUAUCUGGGUGGGUCAACUCUCCACCGGCAGCUAUUCCAACAAACACAGGUUGGGGAGACAAUAACAACAAAGCACCAAAUGGCCCCGGGGGUUGGGGAGAGUCAGCAAGCUCUACUACUGUUAAUAAUGCUGCUGCUGCCAAAAGCGGCCACGCUUGGAGUGGGACCGCAAAUCAGGAGGACAAAUCACCUACCUGGGGUGAACCUCAGAAACCCAAAUCUCAAAACUGGGGAGAUGGACAGAAAUCAAAUCCAAGCUGGACUUCAGGAGGUGGAGAUUGGACAGAUUCAUCGUCUGUUCCCGGACACUUGGGUGAUGGGAAGAAGAAUGGAUCUGGAUGGGAUUCUGACAGUAGAUCAGGGUCUGGUUGGAAUGAUUCCACAAGGUCUGGGACCAGUGGGUGGGGAAAUGGCACAAACAGCAAGGCUAAUACAGGUACAAGUUGGGGAGAAUCUUUAAAGUCAGGCCCCCAACAAAAUUGGGCUAACAAACCCCAGGACAACAAUGUGAGUAACUGGGGAGGAGCUGCUUCUGUAAAACAGACGGGGUCAGGGUGGGUUGGUGGGCCAGUGCCAGCCAAACAAAAAGAGAACUGUGAGGCAACUGGCUGGGAAGAGCCAUCUCCACCAUCCAUUCGCCGCAAGAUGGAAAUCGAUGAUGGUACCUCAGCUUGGGGCGACCCAAAUUACAACAACAACAAGACUGUAAACAUGUGGGAUAGAAAUAAUCCUAUAAUACAGAGCAGUACCACAACCAACACCACCACCACUAGCACCAUUAUCAACACAAACAUGGUUGAACCUCAGCCAUCGCACCAGUCAAGUGCCCAGCCGAACCGGUCCCCGCUGCUUGGUCCAGCAGGCUGGGGCGAAAUGCCUACUGUCCACACGAAGAGUGAAGCUUCUUGGGGAGAGCCGUCAUCCCCUUCUGCUGCAGUUGAUAAUGGCACUUCGGCCUGGGGGAAGCCCCCCAGCAGUGGUACAGGGUGGGGAGAUAAUCCUGCCGAGUCGGCAGGGACAUACGGAAGAACAAACCCUCCAGCUGCUGCCCCAGCACUGUGCAAACCAGCUUCAAAAUCUAUGCAAGAAGGCUGGGGCAGUGGUGGGGAUGAAGUGACUCUCAGUACUAGUCAGUGGGAAGAUGAAGAAGGAGAUAUGUGGAAUAAUACUGCUUCACAAGAGAGCAGCUCCUCCUGUAAUUCCUGGGGGAAUGCCCCGAAGAAAGGACUUCAAAAGCCCAAAACAAAUCCACGCUUGUCCCUUGGUACUUUCUGGAGAACUGAAAGGAAGAGACUUCUUAAGGAUUUUGUGAUAGAAAAGCUGCACAGAGAUCUUUUAAAGGGCAUGAAGACAUCUAGCAAGCAAGAUGAGGCCUGGAUCAUGAACCGCCUGAUAAAACAGCUCACAGACAUGGGCUUCCCUAGAGAGCCAGCGGAAGAGGCCUUGAAGAGCAACAAUAUGAAUCUUGAUCAGGCCAUGAGUGCUCUGCUGGAAAAGAAGGUGGAAAUGGACAAGCGUGGAAUGGGAGUGACCGACUAUAAUGGAAUGGUCACCAAACCCCUUGGCUGCCGCCCACCACCAAUCUCCAAAGAGUCUUCCAUGGACCGCCCCACCUUCCUUGACAAGCUCACCCUUUCUUUCUCCAAUCAGGAUGGCGGCCUAGUGGAAGAGCCCACUUCUUCACCAUUUUUGCCUUCACCAAGCCUGAAGCUCCCCCUUUCAAACAGUGCACUCCCUAAUCAGACCCUGGGCGGGAUUGCCUCAGGGCUGGGCAUGCAAAACUUGAAUUCUUCUAGACAGAUACCGAGUGGCAAUCUGGGUAUGUUUGGCAAUAGCGGAGCAGCACAAGCCAGGACCAUGCAACAGCCGCAGCAACCGCCAGUGCAACCUCUUAAUUCAUCCCAGCCUAGUCUUCGUGCUCAAGUGCCUCAGUUUCUAUCCCCUCAGGUUCAAGCACAGCUUUUGCAGUUUGCAGCAAAAAACAUUGGUCUCAGCCCUGCACAGUUAACCUCGCCAAUUAAUAAUCCUCAGCAUAUGACGAUGUUGAACCAGCUCUAUCAGCUGCAGCUGGCGUACCAACGUUUACAAAUCCAGCAGCAGAUGUUACAGGCUCAGCGUAAUGUUUCCGGACCCAUGAGACAACAGGAGCAGCAAGUUGCACGUACAAUCAAUAACAUGCAGCAGCAGAUCCAGCAGCACCAGCGCCAGCUGGCCCAGGCCCUGCUUAUGAAGCAGCAGCCUCCCCCUCCACAUCUAUCUUUGCACCCCUCUGCAGGCAAAUCAGCCAUGGAUAGCUUUUCACCCCAUCCCCAGGCUCCCAGCCUACCUGACCUGCAGACCAAAGAGCAACAGUCUUCACCGAACACCUUUGCUCCUUACCCUCUUGCUGGACUGAACCCGAACAUGAAUGUAAAUAACAUGGACAUUACUGGUGGUUUGUCAGUGAAGGACACUUCUCAGUCCCAGUCUCGCCUUCCUCAGUGGACACACCCCAACUCAAUGGAUAAUCUGUCUAGUGCUGCUUCUUCGCUUGACCAGAACUCCAGCAAGCACGGUGCUAUACCUGGAGGUUUAAGUAUUGGUCCUCCGGGAAAGUCCUCCAUUGAUGACUCUUACGGCCGGUAUGAUCUGAUUCAGAACAGUGAAUCUCCCUCCAGUCCACCUGUAGCUGUUCCUCACAGCUGGUCUCGUGCCAAAACUGAUAGUGAUAAAAUUUCCAAUGGCUCCAGCAUAAACUGGCCACCAGAGUUUCACCCAGGAGUGCCAUGGAAAGGACUGCAGAAUAUUGAUCCUGAAAAUGACCCUGAUGUUACUCCUGGAAGUGUUCCAACUGGGCCUACCAUAAACACCACGAUACAGGAUGUUAAUCGCUAUCUUCUCAAGAGUGGAGGGUCAUCCCCAACAUCAUCUCAGAAUGCCACGCUGCCUUCAUCGAGUGCCUGGCCGCUUAGUGCCUCCGGCUACAGUAGCUCUUUCAGCAGCAUUGCAUCCGCACCUAGCAUUGCAGGUAAACUGUCAGACAUCAAGUCUACGUGGUCCUCUGGCCCAAUCUCUCACACACAAGCCUCUCUCUCCCAUGAACUGUGGAAGGUACCCAGAAACACUACUGCUCCUACAAGACCACCUCCAGGCUUAACAAACACCAAGCCAUCAUCUACAUGGGGUGCCAGUCCCCUGGGUUGGACCAGCUCUUACUCCUCUGGUUCUGCAUGGAGCACUGACAGCUCAGGGAGAACAAGCAGCUGGCUGGUUCUGCGAAAUCUCACACCCCAGAUUGAUGGUUCCACACUGCGGACACUGUGUUUGCAACAUGGCCCUCUAAUAACAUUCCACUUGAACCUGACACAAGGGAAUGCUGUGGUCCGAUACAGUUCCAAGGAAGAAGCAGCCAAGGCCCAGAAGUCUCUGCACAUGUGUGUCCUGGGAAACACUACCAUCCUGGCCGAGUUUGCUGGUGAAGAAGAAGUCAACCGUUUCUUAGCACAAGGCCAGCCACUGCCACCCACCUCCAGCUGGCAGUCCAACACUGGAACCAACCAGACACGCCUGGGCUCCUCGAGCAGCUCCCACGGCUUGGUGCGCAAUGACGCCGGGCACUGGAACACUCCCUGCCUGGGGGGCAAGGGGAGCAGCGACCUGCUGUGGGGUGGGGUGCCUCAGUACUCCAGCAGCCUUUGGGGACCCCCCAGCACCGACGACGGCAGAGUCAUCGGAAGCCCAACACCUUUGAAUACUCUUCUUCCCGGUGAUCUACUCAGUGGGGAGUCCAUCUAGGAAACAAGAGAAACAAAAUGGAAAUAACAAUCAUCAGCACUAAAGGAAAAAAAAACAAAAAAAAACAAAACAAACAAAAAACAAACCAGAAAGUGGUAACCCUUUCCAGUCCCGGGCUUGAUGAAGAACCCAGCUUUAAUGGAUCAGACUGGCAGCCCUUUUUUUUAGUACCUCUGUCCAAUAUCAAAUAUGAAAACUGCAGAAGUCCUUGUGAACUGUUCAUGAAACAGUAUGGGCUCCUUUUGGUCAGUGUCACAUGCUAAUGACAGGUUUUAUGUUGGUUUUGAGUUUUCUUUGUUGUUGUUUUGGGUGGGUGUUUUUUUUUUUGUUGGUUGUG